AUUACACAAUCCAUGAUAUUUGAAUUUGCUUUAGUGGAUCUACACAAGCUUAAGCGCGAAAAGAAUUAGAGUGACGAAGAUAAGGUUUAUUCAGAUCCACGCGGGGGUUUUCUAGCAACAACCUAAUUGAAUUCAUCCUCAGGGACCUCAACAUUCAACAGACUGGUUCGUCAUUUUUGAGAAAGUUCUAAAGAAGUUCCCCAGAACACAGCUUCAAAUGGCCACUUCAGGUCACACAUUUUCAUUCCUAGCUUCUCGUCACUCAAGCCCCCCUCUUAUUUCCUGCUGUAAUCGCCCGAAAUCUAUCAGUAUUCAAGUACCAAACUUUAUGCCGCCCAAGAGAUUGCGCAUCCAGCACCCAAUCAGAGCCCUACCAGCUCCGCUCGAUCUCUGCAUUGUAAAGACAGCAAUCCAAUUCGUUCAAACCUCUCCGCCGACGUGGCAGUCCUCCAUCGCCAGCAACCUCAUCAUCUUCACAAUUGGCUCCCCCCUUCUGGUUUCCGGCCUGUCGCUUUCCGGUGCGGCCUCCGCUUUCUGGCUCGGUACCCUCUCUUGGCGCGCAUUUGGCUCCUUUGGAUUUCUCCUCGUCGCUGCCUACUUCAUACUUGGAACUGCUGCAACUAAGGUGAAGAUGGCCCAGAAAGAGGCUCAAGGCAUUGCAGAGAAGAGGAGUGGAAGGAGAGGAUUAGGAAGUGUGAUUGGUUCCAGUGCUGCUGCUUGCGCUUGUGCAUUACUGUCAAUUAAAGGGAUUGGGGGAACUGCUUUCUCUAGGCUUUGGGAACUUGGAUUUGUAGCAUGUUUCUGCACUAAGUUGAGUGACACUGUCUCCAGUGAGAUUGGUAAGGCGUACGGUAAAACAACAUACCUUGUUACAACACUCAAGGUAGUUCCAAGAGGAACGGAAGGAGCAGUUAGUGUCGAGGGAACUUUUGCUGGACUUUUUGCUUCCAUUCUCCUGGCUUCCAUUGCUUGCAUAACUGGUCAGAUAAACAGACAUGAAGUGGCUAUAUGUGUUUUGGCUUCCCAAAUAGCUAACUUUGGUGAAAGUCUGAUAGGAGCUACGUUUCAGGGGAAGGAAGGAUUUGGAUGGCUGAGCAAUGAUGCAGUGAAUGUGAUCAACAUAUCAAUGGGCAGCAUUCUCGCGAUCCUACUGCAGCUUAUUGUACUCCACACUGGGCACACUUAGUUCACUAGUGCAGUUCAUUCUCAUUUUUUAUUUUGACCAAUGUGUGUGUUUACCGUGUAAAAAUUAGGUUUUCAACCGUGUAAAUGUGCAAUGCACGAUACAAAAAAUAGCAAAAACUUAUAUACUAUAAUUACUUUGGAUUAAUAAUAUUUGAGAGUUGUGGAAUAGGAAACGUGUUUAAAUGUAUUAGUUGAUUAUAGUUCUAUAUAAAAGGCAAUACCUAUUGUUUAUAAGAAGAAAAU